AAUGAGAGUCAAGCUGCUGAAGCACAUCUCCCUGCAGCGCACCGGUUAUGGAGGUGCAGGUAGUUUUGAGAGAUCCCAGUGCUGUGUCUCCUGGUGCAUGGAGAACCCCGGAUCCUACAGAGGAUGUAUAGGGUAUAGGGAAGGCCAUGCCCUGGCUGAUACUGGCGGGGUCGGGGGUGUGGCCGACAUCCUGUCACGCUGAUGAACCGGGGCUGCUGGGACAUGGACAGCGUGCAGGAGCUCCUGCUAGACACCUUUCCCAGCGUGCACCACAGCACUGACAUCACCAACUGGACCAAGCUGAUCCAGAAGAUACUGGACAACGGCCACCUCCUGACAGUUCAUGACCCCGAGCAGGAGAGCUCUGAGCUGGACACAGUCAUCCUCAAAGCCUUGGUCAAAGCCUGUAAGAGCCAGAGUCAGGAAGCUCAGGACUUCCUGGAUGAGCUGAAGUUGGCGGUGGCCUGGAACCGGUUGGACAUCGCAAGAGCCACAUCUUCAACGGGACUGGAACUGGACGGUGACCUGGAGGAGGUGAUGAUGGACGCCCUGGUCAAUGACAAGCCCGACUUUGUGCGUCUAUUUGUGGACAACGGCGUGUGUUCUGGGCGUCCUGACCUACGGCCGCCUGCAGGAGCUCUACUGCUCCGUGUCAGAGAAGAGCUCCUUUCAUCUCCUCCUCAUGAAGAACACCAGAGAAACAGCUCCUACUGA